GCAUGUGCCAAGUGACGCUACGGUGGGCCAUUUUCAGGGCCACUUUGGUGGUUACGAGUCGCGGCCUUUGCCAGGCAUCAUCGCCAACCUCCACCAUUGGACCGCAACAACAUGGCGCAGUCCGACGAGGAAGAUGACUACAUGAACAUGGUGUUUGAGGAUGCGCCAAAAGGUCCAAAGUAUGAAACUUCACUGCAGCGCGCCGCGCGCAAGCGCAAAGAGGGCGAAGCCAGAGCACGGCAAAAGACGAAGGCCGAACGCGAAGAGGAGGCCGAAGCUGCCCGAGAAGCUGCGCUUGCCACUGCCCUUCCGGAGACGAACAAAGGAUUCAAGAUGAUGGCCAAAUUUGGGUUCAAGCAAGGUGACGCCCUGGGAAAAUCCGAAGAUGCGCGCAGAGAGCCUAUACGGGUCAACUUGAAAGAUGAUAGAGGGGGCAUUGGCCUCGAGUCGGAGAAGAAGCGGAAAUUCAGAGAACAGUUCGAGGAGGCAGAGCGGCUGGCGAAGCGCGCAAAGGAAGAAGAGGGCGACUAUCUUGAAAUCAUGCGACAGGAGCAAAAGGAGAAGAAGGCAGAAAGGGAUUUGGACAACGCGCAGAGGACGGCUGAGCGACUCGCCGACAAGGAAGCAGAGGCAGGAGGUGCAACUGAAACAAGUGAAAAGCCACUCAAGCACAUCAAUGUGCUGUGGCGCGCUCGGGCGCGACGAAGGGCAGAGUCCAAGCGCGACAAGCAGCAGAAACGAGAACUGAACAACAGCAUUGCAUCACGACUGCCCACCUUAGCUGCCGAGGAAGACGACGAUGACGACGACUCAAAGAUAGCACAGGGCCGCGACCUAGCGCCCUUCUACACCACACUGGAAAACGAGCUCGAGGACGAAGACCCAGAACUCGCAGAGUUUGAGGCUCUGCCCGUGACAGAGCGUCUGCACAAGCUUUUGGUCUUUCUGCGCGACAAGUACAACUACUGCCUCUAUUGCGGGUAUGAGUAUCCGGAUUCGGACAUGGAAGGUUGUCCCGGAGUGACUGAGGAGGAGCACGAUUGAAUGCAAUUGGCGUCUUCAAGCCAUGCCCAUGCCCAUAGCUCACAAGGUAUGAAACUGGUGUGUAUUCCAUCCAGCGACAUGACGCAGCAGAAAGCCAUAGAGCUUCCACCUUGGUUGGUGUUGAUGUGAGUUGCUCUCCGCGGUACCCAAAGAUCGUGCCCGUUCCAUGCAACUUGUUUGAGAACCUCUCUAGGAAACUCUGUUUACUAUAACAGACAGCUACAGAUGAUUUUCUGGAAAAGCCUGUGACUUCGAGUAUGUAAACUUGUGAGACUUCGGUGCAGGACUUAGUGUGCUGAAUGCUGAUGUGGACAUCUUUGGCAUAGACAAUCAAAUGG